GUGACUUUCAUCUCUGAACGCCAAGUUAAAUUCAGAAGCGUUAAGGUGGUUCUUUUUUCGUAAAAUACAUGGAGUGGUAUAUUUAUUGUUGAUGUAGUUUACUACUAGUUCCCGACCAUCAAAACGGUAAGUGAACAAGCAGAACGAUACCUCUCACCAGGCCCAAGGGAACAGGCAUAAAGAUCGACAUGAAGCCAUGAUCCCCUUUCCUCCCGACGCCCGCUGGGCCGCGAAGUACACGACUUCCGGCGCGGUGAAUCGCCUCGCCCAUGUUGUGCUCGACUUCGAAAACGAAGAGGAGCAAACUAUCAAAAGGAAAAAUCCCCCCUCCCCAUAUCAAAACGCAGUUUCUGAUGCUGGAUUUGCGUACACAAAUCGGAUUUGUCUUGCUGGAGAGGACUGCAGGCCUAUGCUGAGCCUGAGUAGCGAGGUUUUAGGCUAGGCGCUGAGCAUGGCAAAGGUCUACUCUGUAGGGACAGCAGCAUGACAAACCGCCUGCAGAAUGCAGCGGAGCCUGCGGGGUUGCGUUCUUGCAAGACAGAGACGAUUUGUGGCCACAAAUCAGCAUUGCAAAUCUUCUGAGCCGUACCUUUUCGAUAUGGGGAGGGGGGAUUUUUCCUUUUGAUACAAACGCGGAACCUGCUCUACCCGGAGUCCUACCUCCAGCAGGCCGCGGAGCUGCUGGCGCGGAUUCUGGUAAAUGGGACGAAGAACGUGCAGCUGUUCGAAAAGCUCUGCACCAAAUACAACACCGCGGGCGUAGACUUAAAAAAUGUCGUCGACGGGUAUGCGACCUGGGCCCAACGGGUGGACCGGGACAAGGCGGACGAGAUAACCAAUGCGUCGAACUGAAUCUCUGACUCUGGGCCUGCAAGAGUAAAUUUGUAUAAAAGAUUCUUUGUCAUGCUUGGCUGACAAGAUCAAGAUAGAAGUGAAAGGAGUGUCAUGCACCUGCUUCCGCUACACUCCCAUUUGUUUGUCCGAGAAAAAUAAGUAUGCGACAACUUCUAUAAUGCGGUUUCAUCCACUAGUACUAGUUGUGCACGAAGAUGUAGUCGCGGCGCAGUAGAAACACUUGAUGUCAUUCGUGGCUCUGUAGUGGAACUUGUUUAUCUAUUGUUCUACUGUUUCAGACCCGGGGGCCAUAUGAUUGAUUUGCAAUCCAUACGAGAAUACCCGGAACCACUUAGCGGAUGCGGUGAGCGGAACCAGUAGCUUCGGGGGCACAACAGGGACGCGCAACAGGAGUGCCACGCUACGAAUGAGAAAAGUAUCGUAUAUAGCUAGUCGCAUAAAUUUUUGCAAUCUCGCAUGAGUGACAAAGAACUUGAAAUUUUUAUUAACAGGCUGCAAUUACAUCGGCACAACCACAACCACAACAUGACAAGUUGCGUUGUUCCUUUUUUAUGAAAAUAGAGGCUUUAUUUCAUCAUCUGAUGAGUGUAUGCCAGUACGAUCUAGAAGUACUUUUUCACUGCAUACGCACCUCCGCGCGCCGCAGCAGCUUCAUCAUCCAGAAGUAUCGCUGCAAUGAAUGUUGACCGGCAAAACUCCAGCAGCACGACGAGGCAUAUCAACUGUAAAAAUGUCUGGGUCUGGAAGAGUUCGUGUUUGUCAUGCUUGUCUGGCAUGAGUCUUAAAUCUUUCAUGCACGUUACCCAAGAGCUCCGCUUUUCUGUGAUGCCGAAGCGCAGUUUGUCAUGCAGAAUAGGCAACAUCUAAGAGCACAGAAACUUGUCAUGCUGACCCAGCAUUUGUAGCCUCAUCAUGAGACGCUACCCAGCAUCACAAGUUCCCAGACCCAGACAUUUUUACAUUUGAUAAGGCAGAUUGAUCAGCUAAUCGCGUUUGGCGACUACGAAACCGCGUUCCGCUAUGGAACUGUCAGGAUUGAAAUCGUCAAAGUUGAAAUGAUUUGUCAUGCAUAAAAUGCGACGCAAAAAGUGACUCUAUUGCAGAGGACGCACGGGAGGCAGAUUGUAGUCCUGGUAAGGGUCAAAAGUUGGACUGCUGACUAGCAUGACAGAAGGCGCCUCUUUUGCCCUAAACCGCAUGACAGACUCGCUUCCAGGACCGGAAAAAUUUGUCAUGCACCGACUACAAACUGGAGGUCUAACUGGUAUCCGUUUUAUGCAUGACAAACUAUUUCAACUUUGACGAUUUCAAACCUGACACAUCCAUAUCCGCUCCCUCCACCGCCUCGUGCAGCCCUUUCAACAUAGCGCAGCAGGUUCUUCUGGCGGUGGCUUCUCAGCGAGUUCGAACGCAAUAAACACCACGCUGGCUAACAACAUGAGCGCGCAGCUGUUGCUGAGUGCAACGAGUCACCAGGACGAGCACCAGGCUUUGCUGCUGCAGCAGAGCGCCAGCACCUCCAUGGAUAGCAGCUAUGGAAUCGUGAGUGAGUCCUUGUUGAAGUUGAUCAGUGUGGGCCUGUGGAUGGGGAAGUACGCCGAGGUCGCGGCCAUCCUGAACAUCGGGCCGACGACCACGUCUCAGGUGGACCAUUCUUCGGGUCCGGGUUCGACGACCGCAGCCGCCGGAAUGAUGUUGCAGCAUCCACCUGGAGGAGGCUCAGCGUUCGCCACGGGAGGUCCAGGUGGACGAGCAGGAAGUAGUAGCUCUGGCGGGUUGAUGUUGCACCAGCAAGACCAGCUGCAUAGGGACGGUGGAGCAACAGCACUUUUGACCAGCGCGGCGGGAGCGCCAGGAGAUCAUUCCGGCACCACGGUGUUGCCAACAACUACAUCACUGCUGCUGUUACCGAACCGAAAAUUCAGAUACGCUGCCAGUUACGAUUGUUGCGUGGCUGCUGGCAUUGCGCAACUCUGCCAGCACCGCUACGAGUCCGCGCUGGCUUUCUUCGCCACGGGACUCAGGACCGCCCAAGCAAGUGCGAACAACUACGCGGUUCCAGGUAAUCUACCGCAUUUAAGUAUGUACAACGAGUAUCUUUUGGUAGGUACGUGUGACGAUAAUGAUAAAAUUUCGAUACAGCAUGAAGGUAGGAAGUACUUUUACAGGUUGCCAAACACUUCUGCUACACCUCCGAUCUGUUGUUCAAGUUCAUCUUCUUCGUUUCUGACUUCAGUAUAUCACAAAACAAAUCUACAUAGAUAUCGCUUCUGGCGAGGACGUUGCUCUGUACAUUGCCGUGUGCAUGCUCUGCACGGGGCGGUUUGACGAUGGUGCGCUCGUUGACGAGGCGGCGUGGGGAGCGCUGCAAGCCACCGUGCAGUUGCAUUUGCCGGACGUGGCGAAGUUCAUGCUGACACUGGCGCUCGACGCCGGCGCGGGCGGCGGCGGAGGAGGUACAAGUACUACAGGUAGUGUAGGUGGCGGACAUCAACUAAAUGGUGGCGCGCCGGUGGUAGCUGCUACUGCAGCUCCUGCAACGACCCCUCCUGGCUCCCCGCCUUUCACAACCGUCGCUUCGCUGUUUCGCCUCUGCCUCCUGGACAUGCACCUCGGGCCGAUCGCGGCCAGCAUUUUUAGCUUCCUUCAGCAGCUAUCAAAUGCAAAAAUGUCUGGGUCGGCAAGAAUGCAACUUGUGAUGCUGAAUUUGGAUUUCAAAAAAAUCUGUAUUGCAUGAGCAGCAAAGGGAGUCUAAUUUUUGCUACGCGGAGAGGGCAUUUGUCAUGCGGAACAGGCAUCGCGAAGCCCUCAAAAAAUCUGUGAUGCUAGGGUAUGCAUCACAGACAUCAUGGCCCAUGCAAAACAUGCAUGACAAGUCUCAGAAUCUUUUAGAACCAGACAUUUUUGCAUUUGAUAGCAGCGACUGCUGAUCGACUACGUCCGCCCGUACUACCGGUUGCGCCUCAGCACGUUGGAGCAAAAGUUCGGCGUUUCGCUGUGCUCUCCCAGUCGUGGUGCGCACAACUAUGCCAGUGACGGGAACGACGGAGGUGGUAACCUGAGGCCAUCUUCAAGUACAAGAGCUUCCCAUCCUGAUGAGGACCAGUGGCUUCUGACGGCUAUGGAGGAGGCGCAGCUCGGACUUGCUGGGUCGGAGGACGACAGCUUGGAUGAAAUUCGUGAUUUCGAAGCGAGGACCGCGACAACUGGCCGUGCUGCUGGCGGCGCCGCGUCCUCCGCCUCCGUGCCCUCACUCGGGCCCCAUUCGCCGGACAAUCUUGUUCAGCCUUGUAUUUCCCAGAACCAGCGGCCCCGACCGACCGACAGCCAGGCGGUAUGCAUUGUAAAAUUAUCGUACAACAACAGGUAAGAAUUGCAUCGCACAGAACUACUCGCUCAACAGCAUCAAGCAGAUAGUUUGUAUAGCUGGUUUAGCCAGAAAAUGAAAAACACAUCUGUCAUGCAGGACUGCAACUUGGUCUUAGUGUUGAAGAGUGCGACAAUUUUUGCACCGGAUAGGCGUCCCAGCGGAGCAACGUCGGCGUGACGAGUCCGAGCCGAACGGCCGGAGGGGAUUUCUCUGCGAUCAAAGACGAAGACAGCCGGGGACAGCAUCAGAUGAACAGCAUCUUCCAGCCAGCAACGCCGAACACGCAACAAACCGCUGGCAGUACAGCGGAUCAUGUUGACAGGUUUGCCGAUCGUCCAAAGAACGGCAACGGGGGACUGGGCCAAACCCAAACCGACACCCCCUCGGAUGACGAGGACGACCCUAUGGCGAUGCAUACCAGAACAGGACGAGAUGGUACUACAUCAUCCUCGUCGUCGACAGCUCUGCUCACCGGGGUGCGCGCCGAGCUGGCGCUGUUGCGACACUUCGCGUGCUAUGCAAAGUCGAUCUGAUCAUGCCCUCCACCUCUGGACGGUCUAUUUGGAAACCACGGAGAUUUAUUUUGCACGACUUCGUAUCCUUUCAAAUGGUGACGUAUGAAACAACUUUUUUAUGCCGCCACAUCACAAACAGCUUUUUUAUGCCGCCACAUCAUGAACGCGCCCUGUCACAGACAGGGCGCGACGCGCCCUCGCUGUUUGUAGUACUCACUUAUGUUUUUUAUCAUCCACGAAAAAUUGGCGCGACAAUUUUCCAGACCCUCCAGAUCGAUUUUUGCACGUGAUACUUGCAGCGCGUAUGUCGAUGAGUUCGAUGCGAAUACCGGGGAGCCGAUCACAGGUACGGUUUCUGUCGCUAAGUCUUUCGUACUUUAGUGCGUUUUUGUGAUUUUUUAUAGUGACAUUGAAAAUUUGAAUUUCUAGAGAUGAAUCGGCACCGGGUGACAAGUGUACGAAAGUUGCUCGAAAAAAAACGAGCAACGAACUUCGUUUUUCAUCAAUACAAUUGGAUAAGCGCACAAAAUAAAUGAAAAUAUGUAAUGAACAAGAAGAAAAAAGAAAAACCCAAACCAGGCAGCGUGCCCACGCGACUUGCGGAUCUGAUUGCUGGUUUGGAAACGGACGGUAAGUUGGACUUGGAGAAGCAAGUUUUCAAGAAGGACUUCGAUAUGCAUUGGAAAAGCGUCGUGCUAUAAUUCAGAAUUGCAGCCACAAAAAUAUCAAAGGGAUUUUCGCAACGGGAUGAAAAGCUUCAUUUGCAAUGCGGAUUUGAUUAUAGUGAACUUACUUACAACACCGGAUACGUCUGUCCUGCAGUUGUAUUGCAAUUCACUUACUAUUGCGAGCGCGAGGCAAUUUUGCACAGAAUAUUUGAGAAGGACGGGGGGCAAUUGUCUUCGGUAAAGCAUGCCGCGGAGACCGCUAAGCAGAUCGCGGACCGCGUGGAGCUGAUGCUUUGGCAGCUGAAGGGCGGCAAAGCGCUGAAGCGCUUGGGGCUGGACGACUGCAGCACUGUUUUCGAGGAUUUCGAGCCAGAACUUUGUGACGACCACAACUACUACAGCGGUAAUAGCAGUUCCGAGGAUGAUGAGGUUCUCGUUGGACAAUCUGCGCGAAGAAACGGAUCGGAGAGGAACGCAGAUUGUAGUUCCGCUGGACGAGCUUUGCCGGUGAAGAACAAUCAUGCGGGUGCUGGUGACUCUCAGUCUCAGCAAGAAGGUGGUGUACUAGAACCACCUGCGAGUGCAUCAGCCGCCGCCUCGAGUACUACUAGACCGCAGAGUUUGAAAUCGUAACUUCUCGCAGAAUUGCUGUGUGGAAAGGUGGACGAUAUAUACGACGUUGGAAUUUCAAUUUCAAUUUCAUUCUGUCCGGAUUCUCUUCACGGAGUAGGACUUGUGGCUUUUUUGACAGGAUAAAUUACUUGCGUGAAGAACAAGCGUCGGUUAGUU